UUCAUCACUUUACCCUUCAGGCUAUUGCUACUCUUUAUAUGUAAGAAUAUUUAUUCCGCUCACUUCCUCUCCUUCUUUCCUUCAAUUCGUACCAAAGCCAUACCAAAUUCGUGAAUAUGCCGAAAUCAAUGAAGGAUAACAGAGCGGUAAAGAUGCUCAGGGCGGCGGAAGAGGGUGGAUAUGGAGUUGUUGGCGUUGUGUCUUAUAACCUCGAAACCAUAACCGCCGUCGUCCGCGCCGCGGAAAAGAAGCGUUCCCCAGCACAAAUCCUCCUCUUCCCCUGGGCCCUCCACUACUCACCCCUCCUCAUCCACCUUGCCGUCGCAGCCUGUAAGACAGUCACCGUUCCCAUAGUCCUACACAUGGACCACGCCCAAUCCGAAGAAGAAAUCAUUGCUGCGUCCGACUACGACUUCGAUUCCAUCAUGGUGGACAUGUCGCAUUACGAGAAGGAGGAGAAUCUCGAGAAGACGGAAAGGAUCACCAAGUUCUUGCAUGAGAAGGGGAUUGCUACGGAGGCGGAGCCCGGGAGGAUUAAUGGUGGUGAGGAUGGGGUUAAGGAUACGGGGGAUCUCGAGGGGCUGUUGACGACCGCGGAAGAGGCGAUGCUGUUUGUGGAUACCGGGAUUGACUUUCUGGCGCCGGCUUUUGGAAAUAUUCAUGGCAAUUAUUGGGGGAUUGAGAAUAUCAAGUUGGAAUAUGAUAGACUCGAGAAAAUCCGAGCAGCAACGAAAGGGCGAGCACAACUCGUACUUCAUGGAACAAACACCUUCCCAGAUGCAACAAUGCAAAAUUGUAUCAAAGGAGGAAUGACUCGAUGCAAUGUAAACGAUCUCGUCUUGCACACAUAUAGCAAAUACGUAGCAGAAAAUACUGGCAAGGUUCCGCUGACGGAACUUAUGGGCAAAGGGACGGAUCUGAUUCAGGAGUUGAUUGAAUACCAGAUGGACGUUAUGGGAUCGACGGGGAAGGGUGAUGUAUUGUAUUGAAAAUUACUUUGACUAGUUAGGGUUCUGGGAAAAUGUAUAAAGAAAUGAGAGGUUUUGAGGAAGUGUUCAUUUGGAAGAGGGGGUGGUUUUGGGAAGAAUUCACUUGAAAAUAAACCAAGUUUUCUUAACAAGCGUUAGGCACAAGCAGCGGUGAGCAUCGCUUAAUAAAUCCAUACCUCUGC